UUAUUAUUUGCAUGUAUAUAAAAGUGGUACACAGCGCAUAAUGUGUAUGAAUAAUAAGUAAGACUAGGAAAUUACUCGCCAGUCAACAGUUAUAAUUAUCUGAAAAACUUCUUUAAAAAGCUCCUAAAGAAAUAAUGAGUUUGACCAAAUGAUUUACUUCAAAAGCUUGUAGCUAUAUAACCCGCAAGGGAAAAUAAUUGAUUUUAAUUGGUGAUUUUUAUAUCAAUGAUGCCCAAGGUAUGCAUAAAAUAUCCAGCAGGGUUUGGGGGCAUUUCAUUGAAAAUUUAAGCGACAAUAUGAUCAUAUAUUUUAAUCUCUGCUUGCAAACACACCCCCUUACAUUCAGUGUUGUGGCUUCAGCCCCCAAAUCACCGGGGGGGGGGGUUUUGGUUGUACUAGUUGCAAGUGUCAUCUUAAAAGUUAUAAUUUUGUUUAAUAUGAUCAUAUAUUUUAAUCUCUGCUUGCAAACACACCCACUUACAUUCAGUGUUGUGGCUUCAGCCCCCAAAUCACCGGGGGGGGGGGUUUUGGUUGUACUAGUUGCAAGUGUCAUCUUAAAAGUUAUAAUUUUGUUAAGUGUGAAUACAGUAAAUUUCACCCCAAGCGAAAACGGCUGAAUUUAAGACUAAUAAUAGUCGUAAAGAUAGAAAUCCAAUACCAGCUAAGCAGAGUUCUUCCCUGGUAUUAUGUUUACAAAGAGAUCAUAGGCAUUUGAAAUACUUUACUUAAAUUAUAGCAUUAAUACCAGUGUAAAACAAGUUCCCCCCCUUAAUUUGUUCAAUUACCUUUCCAAAAAUAAAAAUACAACUAUUUAGCAUGGUAUUAUAAAUAAGAUACUGUAUUGAGCAUUAAUUUUAUAAAUACCUAAUGAAAUAGCAAAUGACAUUUUUU